AUGACAAAGCGGCCUUUACUGAUGAGGAAAAAGAGAAGAAGCCAUCACAAUAGUUCCAAACUCAAGAGGCCCUCCAGCGGGCGGGCCCACACGUCCUCCUAUAACGAAACGAGCCCAGAGGAUGAUCGAAGAAGGAAGUGUGAAGACAAAUAUGAUGAACGGGCCCACACGUUAAAGAAAGCUAAUAAACGUCCUCCACUGGAACUCCCUCUGUACCACGUCAGCCAACUCCAGCUCAGCAGCCAGUCCUUCCUCGACUCACUCUCCCUCGACGAAAAACGCGUCAACUUCCUAAACUCACGCCUCACCAACACAAACAACCUAACUUCAACUUCAACCGCACCAAAUUCCAUCCGAGUCCCACUUAACCCCGGCCAGUCAAUCGGCGUCGCAAAUUACUACACCAAAAUCGGGCUCGGCACACCCCCCACCACCCACUUAGUAGUCGUCGACACCGGCAGCUCCUUCUCCUGGAUCCAAUGCCAGCCGUGCGCCGUCUACUGCCACCCGCAAUCGGGCCCCACCUUCAACCCCACCCUCUCCUCCACCUACCAAAAGCUUUCUUGCUCCACAAGUCAAUGCAAGUCAUUAAAAAAAGCCACCCUCAACACCCCCACGUGCACCUCCUCCCGCACGUGCCUCUACACCGCAACCUACGGCGACCAAUCGUUCUCGAUCGGGUUUCUGAGCCGCGACCGGCUCACGUUUGGUCCCGACUCGUCGCUAGCCGGGUUCGUGUUCGGGUGCGGGCAAGACAACGACGGGCUUUUCGGGCGCUCGUCCGGGCUAAUCGGGCUCGCGAAAAACGAGCUCUCCUUGCUGUCGCAGCUCUCGGGAAAAUACGGGUCGGGAUUCGCGUACUGCCUCCCGACGGCUACGCCGCUGGGGAGAAUCGGGAGCGGAGGCUUUCUGACAAUCGGUAAGAGUUUGGGUUAUAAUCGUAAUCCGGCGUACAAGUUCACGCCGUUGGUGUCCGACGAGAGGGACCCGACGCUAUACUUUGUGAAGCUUUCGGGAGUGACGGUGGCCGGCAGGCUGCUAGGCCUGCCGGCCUCUGAUUUUGGCGUGCCCACGAUUAUUGACUCGGGGACGACGAUUUCGAGGCUGGCGGGCCCGGUUUACGCGGCGCUGAGGGAGGAGCUGGUGAGGGUUAUAUUGAAGAGGUUUAAAUCGGCGGGGAGUUUUUCGAUACUUGAUGCUUGUUUUGUCGGGGGUUCGGAGGAGAUCGGGAGAGUUGUGCCGGCGGUGGGGUUGGUGUUUGGGGGUGGGGCGACGAUGGACUUGGCGGCGCGUAAUGUUUUAAUUGAGGUGGUGAAGGGGACGACUUGCUUGUCGUUGGCGGGGAAUUCGGGUUUGAGGGAUCUGGCGAUUAUUGGGAAUCAGCAGCAGCAGGGGUUUGAUAUUGGGUAUGAUGUGGUGAGUUCGAGGAUCGGGUUUGCGGCCGGCGGGUGUAGUUAG